CUUUUGGGAGAAGAUGAUGUAAACCCCACACCAUGUGACACUGUAAUGAAUAAUACAGUAGAGAGAGGUGGAGAGAGAGAGGGAGAAAGAAAGGGGGGAUGCAAACACAGUUAAGGUUUGAUGACAGAGGAGGAGGGUCAUAUAUCCUUAGGACUUAAGGAGAGGAGACUGGUUGUUCUGUCAGAGAAGAUGUGCUGGUUACCGAUAGACCAGCCUCUGCUCCUGCCCGGUGACACUACCUGCAGCGCCCGCGGACCCUCACCGUGCUCCGUGGCUCAGCUGCUCGCCUCCCGCCUACGGAGGAUCGGGGACCAGCUGGAGAAGGGCUGGGCGGCCGCCGGGGACACAGAGAGCGGCUUCAGCUGCGAGGGCAGAGGGGCGGUGGUGGUGGUGACCGGCCGGGGACACCUGAAGAGCUUCCUGCGCACUGCAAUACACUUCACCGUGCUCGUGCUGGUCGUAGCGAGGCGACACCUGUAGGGCAGCAACAGGUGUGUAAUCAGUGUCACGUCACCUUUGUCGCGCUCAAUGAAGCUUUGAUCUAAAACCGAAGCUUGGUGCUAAUAUCGUUUUAAUGGCUUUAUGUGGAGAAAUAGCUCCGCAGUAACGGUUUACACUUAGAAAACAGAACUUUAAUGCCUGGUAAAGUUUUUAUAAAAGUGUUGCACUAAAUUAAUUGCCUAGAUGUAAUGUUUUGCAACUUUAAACGUGUGUUUCUCUUGAAAAAACAUACUUUAGGUUCCCUUUUUAAAAAAAAUUGAUGACCGGAGAAGGUUUACAACAUUAUAAAAAACCUGGGGAAAGCAAGACUAAAACGUCGUGAAAUCUAAUUCAAGUCAGCAUAAUGCUGAAUAGAUACAAUUUAAAGGAACUGUGCAGGCUUUCAUUUUCUUGAAUCUAACAGUUUAUAGGAUUAUUUCGGACUUUUGAACCCAGAUGAGAUGUAGCUACUUCGACUACUUAGUUUUACUCUGUUAAAUCACCAACAUAAUUUUUGAACUUGAGUAUAUGAGCACAAACAUAUAUUCUUUUAACGGUUUCUUACCAUCAAGAUCAUAACUUAAUACUUAAUAAAAAAUAUUAGGGGUGCAUAAGAUUAACUUAAAUUUUAAUUGGUUCAUGGAGCCCAUAAGAGAUAUAUUAUCUUCGAAGAAACGUAUUUUUUUAUUAUUAUUAUUAUUAUUAUUAUAAAAGUCGUUUUUUCUAUCUUGGAAUAGCCGCGUUAUUCUUUCAAUUUGUGUUUUUAUUAGUUAAUAAGUCACUUUGACCUGGUUUCUGGGGGGGGAAACGUGUGCAUCCACCUUAUUUAAGGGUUAAUGAUAUGUUUGUUUCAAUGUGGAUGAAUUGCAUGACUUAUUUUUCUUAUUUUUGACAGCUUAUUCGCCAAACUUGAACGAGCGUUUAUUUUAUUUUUGCUCUAAAUUAAGCGUUUACUGUAUUUCUUGUGCAGAUGGUGCCUUCAGGACCACGCACGAGGAGCGGGCUUACAUCGUUGCACUGAAAACAGGAGAUGCAGGAGAGCCAGAGGGUGCAUGAGGGGGGAGAAAGGAGGAGGAGAAGAAGAAGAAGAAGAAAUAUUGAGGAUUAAAUGCACGUUUCAGGGCCAGGACUCGGUGUCGGAGAGACUUGCUCAGGCUUGAUGUGGAUGCACUGUGAGUCCUCUAACGAGCUGACACACUGAACCCCAGCAGCCCUGCAGUCAGUCAGCUGCAGGUCCUGCCCCCUGCGUGACUCUCCCAUUCUGUCAUCCCAGUAACAAAACGGUGAUGUAAUCCUCCCCUGGUAGAGUGGAGGGAAAAGCUUACUAAUAGGACUGCUUUGAAUUUACACCUCCCACAAUGUGAGGGCAUCAAUUGCAGAGGAAUUACACUGGUUUGACCUUCAAAUGCAUUCAAAAUGCACUUCAAUAAACCCGUUUAUAAGCUUCAUAAUGCACUGUACUUUUCUACAUAAGCUAUUCUAUGUGUACAAAUGUGAAUAAUGAAGAUGAAUGUUUUUAUAGAUGUUUUCUACAGUGUUUAGAUGAUGUUUACAUAUUCUCCUGUGCUUUAGCAUUAUCUGUUGGGGGCAGUGUUAAGUGGCUUUUUAACCAUCAACAUGGACAGGACCUGUGCAUAGGAAGCUAUGCUGUUAAUGCUGUUUGGAAAUAAGCUUUUUUUCUUAUAUAUUAAGUGUAAUGUGAGCAAAAUUUACUGAGGCUGUCUUUUAUAAGGUGUGUGCUAUUUAUACUGAUUAAUUAUUUCAUAUGGAUUUUUAGUAGCUGAAAUAAAAGAAAGCUUUCUGUAAUAAACUCUCUGCAGGUGUUGUUGCAGAAGACGGGGAAUGAGCUCAGCUGAAGUGCUUUAAUUUACACCGGACAAUCUCACAGCACUUUGAAGUCAUGACAUUUUUAUGCAAACCAAGAAACAAUUCAUGUCAACAUAAUUUAUAGAAAAUAAAAAAGUCUUUGCAUUGUCAAAGAGAAGCAACUUUUAUAUAAGGACAAGUGAACCCUACAAACUUUUUAAUUCUGCACCAUAUGCGCCACAAAUCUACAAAUAACUUGCUUAUGGGGCCUUGAUGGAAUAAACAAAAACUAAAACUACACACUAGUUACAAUCUGGAUGAUUUCAAGUCUCACGCCAACUUACCUUAAUCACCCAAUAUCAAAUUUAUUGAUCGAUGGAUGAGAUCAUUUCUUAUUGUCUUUAAGUACAUUUGGACUGAUUUUCCAUCUCUAACAGUCUGAAAGUUUAUGUUUGAAGUAUGAAGCUUAUCCAUAGGCUGUAUAUACUAUGGACAACUUGGCUCCGCCUACCGCCUGUAUACGGAUUUGAAGCCAAAUAGCUCUCGGUAAUUCCGGGAUUUUUCUUCAUUUCCUGAAACCAGCGCUGCACAGUAGCGAUGCGCGCAUUUGGCCACGCAGUCGCUUUGCUGGCAGAGGCGGGAUUUAUAACCUAUACUGCAGCCCAUCAACAGAGGGUGCUGUUCUCGGAUUGGCUUCACCCAACAAGGAGGCAGACUCUGUCCAUUCUAAGGACAGAGUCUCAAAUAGCUGUCUAUGGUGGCCCUGAAAGCCAAAUGCAAAAACAAUUCAUGGACAUGAAAAAACUUUUACUGAAUGAAGGAAAAAUUUCUGUAAUGCAAAAGUUAUUCAUAAAAGGCAUUGAAAAUUAGCAAAAAUGAAAAUAUUUCAAUAAAUGCAAGAAAAUUCAUUACAGUAAAACAGUUUGAAGACCAAAGAACACAGAUGAAAUUCAUAAAAUGACAAAGCAAAAGAUGUUGUGCAUGCAAAACACAGAAAGUUACCAAUAUCUGAGCAACCAAUAUCCAUUUCCCCCAAAAUAAUAUUUUUUUGCAUUUUUAAAAAUGUUUUGUAAUUUUUUUAAUUGUUUUUGCAUUUUGUGGAAAAUAUUUGCAUUUCUUGAAAUAUUUUCUGUUCUUUCAUUUUUGCAUUCCAUGAAAUGUUUUUGCAUUUUCAGUAAAUUUUAAAUUUUGACAUUUGAAGUUAGCAAAAUUUUUUCCACAUGUAAUUAAACAGUUUAAAAUUUUGUGAAAUGUUUCCAUUAACUGAAAUAUAUUUGGGUUUUGCAAAAUGUUUUUGUUUAAUGGAAUAUUUUUACAUUUUGCAAGUUACUGUUUAUCAAUUUUGUUUAUCAAUGUAUUGCGUUUCAUGGAUUGUUUUUAGGUUUCAUGCAUGAAGUUUUUUUAAGUUUUAGUGAAAUGUGUUGGCAUUAAACAACAUUUUCAUAUAGCUGCCCAUCAAGGCCACCAUAUUUUACAAUCUUUAAAAUACAAAACAAAACCUGUUACACACCAGUUGAAUGAUUUAAAAAAAGUAUACAACCACACCAAUAUAAAUAAAACAAUAAAAAUUGUACAAAUUACCGGCAAAUAUUGUGAAUUUAUCUCAGUUUUUAACAUUGUAACAUGACGAAAUUAACAUUCUUCAUAAUGUUUACCUAUGAAAGACAAAUAUCAAAGUUGACAACAGCUGUAAGUCUACAUGAACACAUAAACAUGUGACUAUUGUCAUGACUUUGUGACUAAAGUCCAACUGCAACUGACAAUAUUUGGUUUCUGUGUCUUUUUCUGAUGUCAGAGAAAACAGUGUGAUCAUAGUUUAAACAAAUGCCUCUGAAAUUAAAAUCUCCAUCACACCAGCAAUUACUGUAAUCCUGAUUUAAAGAGUUACCAAAGUGAAUGAAUGAAAAAAAAAAACACUCUAAAUACUACCAACUCACAUUCAUGAACUCAUCUAAUCGUUCUUGCUGCCUGUGAUUUGUGUGUGAUUCAGUAGAUCUGGAAGUGAGCCGAGGUUGUGCCGUCCUUCCAGCAUCGCAGGGUCUCAAUGACAGUGGAGCGGCACAGCGGGCAUGUUCGCUCGCGGUCGAACCACAAACACAGACAGUCCUCGCAGAAGACAUGCUACAGGGCGACAAAAUGUUCACUUUUAACCGAUUAUUACAGCAGCAAAGGAUGAAACAAACAGUGUGUCGGCAGGCUUCAGAUUUAACCAAAGAGGGCAGCAAACACUUUCUUUUCAGCUUCAACUCUCUCUAAAUUAGUUCAUCUGUUCCUCUUAAUGAUUGAGGCUUACUCAGACUUUUUCUAACUACCGUACUUUGAGGAGUCC